AUGGCGCUCGCCGUGAAAAACUGGACAGCGGUUGUGGUUUCGGUCGUUGCUGUAAUUGUAGCAGAUGUCUACAUCUUUACUUCGUCUUUAAGCUUUUCGACAAAGGCCAUAAUAUUCAGAGCUCACUUCAUUUUUGGUAUCCAAGUAGUGUUGUUUUUCUUGUCUCGCUAUGUGUGGCGGAGGCUCGGUGGAAUUUUUGACAGUCAUUCCGAACAGUUGGAGAAAGUGAAAGAUGAUGCAACAACAACAGCACGUGGUUUGUCGAGAUCGGGUCCACUCGGAGUUAGGACUCCUUGCACUGUUGUGUGGAGGAUAAUUUUAUUUGUAUAUCUAAUCUGCUGCCAUGUUAGUUAUUUAACAAAUUUAUACUUUAUCGGCACGGAGCCGGCUUUCAUCAGUAUGGUGACUUACAUAUGCCUGGGUUCUUUCGUCCAUUUGAUCACGGGGAUGCUUAUUAUGGGCAUAUUGGGAUGUAUCGGCCGCCUUCUACAGCUCAAAAGAUACAACGCCAACUCCAGGCGUCGUCUUAGAACCCUAGCAGCUAUGAUGUAUGCUUUAAGUAUAUCGUUUUAUGGUCUUUACACGGCUCACAAAUUGCCCACAGUGAAACAUGUUCGUGUGCCAGUCAAGGACCUGCCUCCAUCUUUAGAAGGCUUUCGGAUCGUCCAGCUGUCAGACAUCCACCUGGGACCAACUGUGGGAAGAAGCAAAGUCAAGGAUGUGGUGGAGAUAACUAACCAGCUUCAGCCAGACAUUGUGGUACUGACUGGAGACCUGGUUGAUGGAAGCGUAGAUCGUCUUCACAAAGCAGCAGAACCACUUCAGCAACUUCAGACAACUUUUGGAAAGUUCUAUGUGACAGGGAAUCACGAGUAUUACACAGGGGAUGUGGACAACUGGAUGAGGUAUGUGGAAACACUGGGAUUCACAGCACUCGACAAUGCUAAUGCUAAAAUAAGCCACCAGUGGGCGCCAGCGGAGCAGAUCUGUAUAGCAGGCACAAAUGACAUAGAUGCAGAACGCAUAGGGUAUAAAAACCAUCGUAUGAAUCUGGACCAGGCUUUGGCAAUGUGUAACCCCAAGUAUCCCACAAUCCUCUUGGCUCAUCAACCAAAGGCAGCUAAAUUGGCUUUGUCAUCAAAACACAGGGUUGAUCUGGUGUUGUCAGGCCACACCCAUGGAGGUCAGAUGUUUCCCCUCAUCAUUGGUGCAUACCUCAUAAACCCUUUCUUCGCUGGAUUGUACAAAUAUGGACCCAGCAGCCAUGUUUAUGUCUCCAUGGGAACCGUAUACUGGGGAAUCCCCAUGAGGGUGUUCACUACCAGAGAAAUCAGCGAGAUAAUUUUGACACGCAUGUGAAAGUUGUUAGAUAUGUUGACCAGAGGAAAAACUGGAUGUGAUAAAGUUUGAUAGAAAUGACAUGACAACUUAUUAAGAUAUGAUUUUGUAUUUAUCUUUAGCAGAGGACUUGGUAUAAGAAUCUUACACAUGGUCAGGAAGAAAAGUAUCACAUCAUUUCAUCAUUUGCCUAACUGUUGACGUAAAAUUUUGCUCUUUACUAAAUUACUGAUUUUGCUUGAUUCUGAGAAUUUUAUUAAUCAUAGCAUUGUGUUUUGAAUCUUGUUCAGAGGGUUGGAUGAUAUCCAGGUGGGAAAUUUAGUUUCAGCCCCGAAAGUGAUGUCAAAUAUCCUUUAAUAGGCCACAGAAGUCCUGUAAUAGGCCACAGAAGUCCUGUAAUAGUCCACAGGAGUCCUGUUUCUUGGGAUCAUGUAAUUUUCUACUAUUUAAGCAUUUACAUGAACUAGAAUAAAACCCUAAUUGAGGUAAAUUCACAAUGUGGCAUUUCACCCGUUUUAUGUGACCAUUUACCAAUUAUCACACAGUCGUCGCUGCUCUGGUUUUUACUCUCUGUGCUCUCUCUGUCUUUUAUUGUUUUCUGGCACUUGUAUACUUAAAGAAAUUACCCCAUUCAGAAUUUGGAACGCAACAGUUGGAGGUCUUUCUUCCUAAGGGCCACGCCUGAUUUAAGGAGUCCACUGGCGCCAUUGACUUUGUAUUAUUCCGUUUCACAGACGACUACUUGUUCCCUCGAGGUGGCCUUCGGUGGUUUCUCGGUUUGUCUGCAUCUCUUUUCUAGUGACGGAUUUUUUCGCAUGUGGGGACGAACUUAAGCGCCCGCGAAAUACGCUGACGAUAUUCGCAGCAUGGUUGCAGACACAGAAGGCAGAUUUUUCCGUUGAUUGUGGUCAGCAGGUUAUGUCAUGUUACCUAACAAACCAUGUGACACAAACGAAAAUUUCACAGUUCAACACAAGAAAUACGCCGGUAAUUUCACUCUGUCCACAUAGUGUGUCCGCUCCAGCGAAUCUUGGCGAUCGAGCUGACCGUCAAACAAGUCGAACAAAGUGAAAUCAUCGGCGUAUGUCUUCCAUGGUAUGUGACAUGUUUUGCCUGAGGAAUACGCCCUCUCAGGCGCGGACACCGACACACAGCGGAUUUUUAGAAAUUCACAAAAAACGCCUGUACGUGCGAAAAAAUCCGUCGUGUUUGUUCCUGGCUUUUGGGAAUAAUCAAGCCAUGACUUCAAUAGCAGGACAUUGCAGUAAAAUAUUUGUAACCGUUUGUUAAAAUUUUCUACACUCACACCUGGUAUUGUAUUCGCCUUUUUAACCUACUUUUUACAAAGUAUAAAUAUUCGGGGACGCAUAUUUUUAUGAGAAAUUAUCGCAGAACCAAACUGACUUAUACUGAAAGAUAUUGAGCCUCUUAGUAUUUCAUAUCUUUGGUGACAAUUUGUUAAAAUGUAUUUCAAAAUGCAUGGAAACCGUUUUUUGGAGUAUUACGUUGGAAAUUUGAGUAGGUUCUCAGUAGAUAAGUGUGAAAUAUUAGUGAAUAAUGCGGAAUUAAGAUUGAUUUUUCUAUUAAAUGAGUUGAAGUAUGAUUUAGAAUGCUGAUGUUGCUGGAUUUUGCGUGGAAAAUGUACAUUGUGAUGUGGUAUGUUCAUGACAAGUUGCUGUAUAAUUGGAAACUAUACUUACCAUUUUAAACUUACAUGUAGUUUAAAAGAUUAAGGCAGUUAUGCUUAACAUGUGUCAGGUUUGUUUGUUUGUUUGCUUCCGCGGUAAACAUAGUUUUUCGUAAAAUUCAGCAUUAUUUCACCACUUUAUCUUUAUGUAUCUAAUUGUGGUAGGCCAUCCCCAGUGGUGACAUUCACCAGUUGUUGUUUCAUUGGAACACUGUAUGCUAAAACGAGGUAUGGUGCGAUACGCAGUCACUGUGCUAAUCAGUACUCGCGUAUACUUUCUAACCAGUACUUGGUCUACUCAGCCAUGGUGUCCCCCAUAGCAUAAGAUUUCCACAUCCGAGGCAAAUGCUUAAAUCUCAAAAAGCAGUUGUGGACAAAACAUACACAAACAUCUCGGGCAAACAUACAUAACAAUGAAUUUGCACAGGAACAGUAAUAUGUACUUUGCAUACAUCAUCUUUGUGUACCUGCACAUUUAAUGUGUACCAAAUUGUUUACCCGUGAUACACAUCUUAUUUACAGGACUACUCAAACAAAUGUGUAGAAAACGGUACACAUUUGCUUUUUGAGAGUACCAAUCUCUCACUUCAUGCAACCCAGAGCUGUUUCUAUUCUCGAGUUGACUUUGAGUUGUGUAAAGAUGAGCCUCUAUGUGUAUUUCUUUCCUUUAUUUUCUUGGCUCAGAAUGUCACAAAUUCGACUUUGUAUUUAUUUUGCUUAAUGGAUUGACAUCCCCCCCCCCACCCGUUGAUAUAUUACUGACUGCACAUGUUUUGUGUACAUUGUUUUGUAUGUCGCUUGCCUGAGGAUUUGAUGCUGUAUGCAGCAAACUCAUUUGGAAAUAUUUAACAUUUUGUAAUUUUCUCUAGUGUAUGUAUAAGUAUAUAUUUAUUAAAUGCAGUUGUAUAUUUAAGGAGUAAAAUGUCCCACGCGAUGUAUGCGUGUAAAUUUUUACAUUGUUAUUUGCACGUUCAUACUUAUUGGAAUGCUUUUUAAGAUACCUAAAAAUGUAGAUAUAUGUAGUAAUUAUUUAUUUAUUGAAUUUAAACUUUUGAUUCUGAACUGAUUUAAGGUUCUUGUUUGUCUUAAUAACAGUCAGGUUUCAGGAUUAAUUAAGUUCCAUAGGAAUUUGAGAAUAUUCAUUUUGAGUUAAGAUAUUUUUUGUGUAAAUUGGGAUUUUUGAGUGUAUACAUUCCCCUGGAAUAGAGUUUAUUGUAGAAGAAUACCUUUUCAGUAUAACACCAACCCACCUUUCAAGUAUCACACCAACCCACCUUUUAAAACAAGGAAGUCGUAUUCUGCCUAAGGGAAUUGUCUUGGCAUUUUUAUCAUGAAUUCAUCGUUAAUGACAUGUUUUCCAUACCUGUGAUAUAGCAUACUUUAACCAAGUUCGGACGUAAUUCGGAUAACACAGUUUUGUUCUCAGGAAUCUUAGUUUUGUCAUUGCAGGUGCAUGAAUUAUUAUAUUGUUAAUAAUAAAAAAUCGGAUA